AUGACCAGCAGGCGAACGGCCGCCGUCUGUCCGACUGCAAUCGGCCRUGCCCGUGUCCGCGCAGUGCAAGUACCUAACCUAUGCGAGGAGGAUGUAGACGUAGACGACGUUGUGUCUUCCGACCGACAACCGGUUCGCGAGAAGAGCAAACUGCCCGAGUCAUUUCAAAAUUUACUUACACUACUAAGAAAUAGUAUUAAAUUAUCUAAUCUUUUUGAAUCCAGAUUAAAAAAAUGUAAACUUCAAAUUAUUAAAAAAGAACUAGGAAAAGCAAAAAAAAUGAAAGAAAAUAAGCCAAGUCUUAAAGAUGAAUCAAUUAAGAUCACAAACAACCAAUCAAUUGAAGAUGUAAAUGAAGAAGAAUAUUAUUUAAGCUUAUUUCAACAACCAAAAUUAUUUCAUGGGAAUUUAAAAGCUCAUCAGAUUGAAGGUCUUCUAUGGAUUAGAACUUUGUAUGAAAAUGGUUUGAAUGGAAUUUUAGCUGAUGAAAUGGGACUUGGAAAAACUGUACAAACCAUAGCUUUCUACUGUUUUCUUUUGGAAAUGGGAAUAACUGGACCAUUUCUUGUCAUUGCACCCCUAUCUACAAUUCCCAACUGGCUGUCAGAAUUUUCAAAAUUUUCCCCUAAGCUUCCAACUGUCUUAUAUCAUGGUACGGAAAAUGAACGCAUUUUAUUGCGACCUAAGUUUAAAAAUACUCAAAAAGUUAAUAACUUAAACUGUCAACCAGUUAUAAUAACUACUUACGAUGUUGUGCGUCGUGAUAUUACAUUUUUGAAAAAUAUUGAUUGGAAAUAUAUUACAAUCGAUGAAGGACAAAAAGUGAAGAAUGCCAAUUCCCACAUAUCCAAAUGUAUGCGUGCAUUUAAUUGUACCAAUAAGCUCAUACUAACAGGGACACCUAUUCAGAAUGAUAUGUCAGAAUUAUGGUCAUUAUUGAAUUGGUUAAUGCCUAAAAUAUUUGAUCAACUAGAAGAUUUUAACUCUUGGUUCGUUAUUGAUAAGUUUUUUGAUUCUAAUGACAAAAUUGUUAAUAUGGCCAAAAAAGAUGAGUUAUUGGACAUCAUUCUAAAGAUAUUAAAACCCUUUAUUUUGAGACGGGAAAAAAUUGAAACUGAUCUAAACCUCCCACCAAAAAAGGAAAUUGUUAUUUAUGCUCCACUUACAGAAACACAAAAACAAUUAUAUGAAGCAACAUUGAAUAGGCAAAUGGAAAUAUUACUGAAUAAAGCAAAGGAUACUGAAAAUCUUAUUCUAGAAGUAAAUAGUAAGAGAAGAUGUGUGGAGAGCAUAGUAAAAUACACUGAUCAUAAUGCUAUCAGAGUAAAUGUGCCAGAAAAAGAUCCUCAAGAGAAAAGCAUGGCUAUUUCAGUACAUAUGCAAAACUCAUUUAUUCAAUUGAAGAAAAUUGUUAAUCAUCCAUAUCUUGUUCAAAUGCCUUUAAUUCCAGGAGAAAAUAAAUUGCUUGUUGAUGAAAACAUCAUUAAAGUUAGUGGUAAAUUUCAGUUACUUGAUGCUAUGUUAACAAAAUUGAAAAUACUUGGCCACAAGGUAAUUUACCAUUCAGGUUCAUUUAGUAGGACUACAACACUUACUAUGUCCAGCAUUGAAGAUCUGAUGAAUUUAUUGAAAUCAUCAGAGUACUCUAAGAAAAUACAACCUAAUGGAUUUAUCUUGUCUGAUGAAGAAUUGGAUGCUAUUUUAGAUCGAUCUGAUAUGUACAAUUCAACACCUAAGACACUUGCUUCUCAUACUGCUGAACACUUUAAAGUAUUAACAAACUCUUAAAUAUAUUUUUAUUUUUUUUUUGAUCUACUAGUUUUUGUUAUAAGAAUUACCUAGUUAAAUGUCACUUAUAAUAUGUUUUUUUAAAUUGAUAAAAUAUGAAUUUUUAAUGUCAAAUAUAUUAUAAUUUUACUAUAA